AUGAAGAGAGCAGAGCGACGUUUCUUGUCUGUUAACUUCAUCGUCACGCCAAGCCUUGGCAAUGCUUUUGUGAGAAUCCCUGAGGCUCCGAUAAUCUGCGAAAACAGUGUACUCAAAUCAUUAUUGUUCCUAUUCAUAUUAAAGCGUAGAUCAGGAGGAGGUGACGAAGUAUUCGCCCACAAUCUGCUUGCAAAGACAUCCCAAUUGGCCAUUGUUGCUGACGACGGUUUUUAUGCUGACCGGAGAGAUGUGGCCCUGGUCGAAUGCUGGAAGCAUGGAGCUGUCACCGACGUCUCCGUAUUGAUGAAUGGCGGUGUUGUGCGCUCUUCCACCACGCCCGCUACCUCUGUACUCCUCAACUACUGCAUGCAGGAAGCCGCCCUUCCUGGCUUGCAUAUCAACCUUUCAGAGGGGGAGCCAUUAAGUACCAAAGGAUCUAUAAGCUCUCUUCUAGAAGACGGGACGGGUCUAUUUUAUGGAAAGGCGAAUUUGCGGAGGAACUUGCAGACGGUACACUUAUGGCACGUUGAAAUCGAAAUUGAGCGGCAAAUAAUAAAGUUCGAAAAAUUGUUUGGUGUAUCGCCUCUACGAGUUGAUGGACAUCAGCACUGUCAUGUUUUGCCAGGCAUUGUCGAAGUGCUCUGUCGUCUCCUACCUCGGCACAGUGUGUCCUGGAUCCGAUUGCCUGAAGAAGUCGUGUUGAAGCAAAGGGACUCUCAAAUGCUGUUUUCCAGAAUGAACUUAGCCGGUGAAUCUCCAAUAGACUUUUACCGUGAAGUUUCCAGUCAAGCCGCUGCAGCACGUGUUCAUUUUCAGUCUGCAGGUUUGAAAUCCACUGAUGCGUUUAUAGGGAUGCUAACUAUGGGUCAAAAUAUGACUAUUGAUAAUCUCCAAGCCUGCUUUUCCGUUAUUGACCGUCCUGCAACUGUCGAGUUGAUGACCCAUCCUGGGUAUCCCCUCUCGGGCUCGGAUUGGGCGACUCAAGGCUGCAGUGCUCGCAUUGGCCCAGAUGAAUUUUCGCGCUCAACUGACAGGAGUCACGAAAUGACUUUGCUGCGGAGUCAGGAAUUUAGGAAUCUUUUGAAGCAUAACAACAUCAGAUUGAACACAUUUUCAACUUUUUAA